GUGUGAUCGCUCAAACGACUUCCGUCAAGCUCACCUGAUUGAUCCUGCACCCAAAGAAGAGUCCCACCUGGCGAAGUGAUGUUUGUGACGAGAGACUUGGAUGGGAAAACAAAGGUUAAUCUUCCGGCUCAGCAUGAUCGACUCAGAAUGACCAACCACCCCAUCUGUUCGAAGCAAAACGUUCAAAAUGUAGCGAAAAAUCCUUCCAAAUUGGUUUGUCAUUAACGCCGUGCUGUGUAAGGUCCAAGAAAGUUUCAAUAAGAAAAAUGCCAGGAAAUGCAAGAAAAAAGCAACAACGAAAAAAUAAAAACCGAAGCCAUCAGAAGGCUGCCGGUGAGCACGAGGACGAAAAUGAUGAAAAUGCAGGGAAAAACUCUGUCUCGGAAGCUACGGUUGCGGAAAAUGACAACAACAGCAACAAACCGUAUUCGAUUAAACAGUCCGAAUUGGUUGGCAGGUAUUUGGUGGCCUCCCGGAAGUUAAAAGCUGGGGAAAAAAUCAUCGAAGUUGCACCGUUAGCGAUUGGUCCUUGGGCUGAAAGUGAUCCCAUCUGCCUUGGGUGUCACAGACUGUUCGAAAAAGGCAGUAAAAUUUUGCGAUGCGUUGAUUGUAAUUGGCGAAUUUGCAGCGAAAAUUGCCAAGAUCUUGCUGUCCAUAGGAAUCAAGAAUGCAUUCCACUCAAGGAGCAUAACGUGGCUGAGCUGCUGAAAACCGCCACUCCUCUCGAAUCUAAGUUUAUGUACGAAGCCAUUUUCGCUUUACGUUGUUUGCUGCUGAAAAAGACUGAUAGUGAAAAAUUUAAUCUUCUAUUGAAGAUGGACUCCCUCAACGAUCUUCGUCGAACGAGAACACUUCUGUGGACGCGCAAUCAGAGAGAGAUAGUGGAGCGGAUUCGGAAUCAGUGGAAAUUUGAUGAAUUCUCCGAAGAAGAAAUUCACACUGUUUGUGGAAUAAUCGAGGUGAACAGCUUUCAAAUAGGACAGCACGAUGUCCACACUAGAGCGCUCUAUCCGGAAGCGUUCUAUUUAAUGCACGAUUGCACACCAAACACGACUCAUACGGACGAUCCAAUCAGCCACGUUCUUACUAUCAGACUGACGAAAGACCUUAUGGAAGGAGAAACAAUUACUUUAUCGUAUGCCUAUACUCUACAAGGAACUUUGAAACGUAGACAACAUCUUUUUGACUGCAAAUUCUUCUGGUGCCAGUGUAAGAGAUGUUCGGACCCCACAGAAUUUGGAACCAACUGCAGUUCAUUGAAGUGCUCCAAAUGUUCAAAAGGUCUCGUGAUCUCCACGAAUCCAUUGGAUCAAGAUGCUUCCUGGAAAUGUAACCACUGUUCGCACGAAAUAUCUGCAACAGUAAUCGUUCAACUUCUUGAUCGUUUAUUCGCGGAGCUUGACGGCAUAGAUGCUAACAGCAUCGAAUUGUAUGAACAAUUCAUUAGUAAAUAUCGCUCGACGCUUCACGAGAACCACUACCUUAUUCUUUCGGCUGAACACUCGUUAUGUUCGCUUUACGGCAAAAUAGAUGGCUAUCUCAUGUCGGAUUUGACGAUCGAACAAAUCAAACGAAAGGAAACUAUUUGUCGACAUUUGCUAGCGCUGGUAGAGGAUAUCGAACCAGGGCUGAGUCGUUUGAGGGGAGUGAUCAUGUAUGAACUUCAUGCUCCCAUCAUGAUAGAAGCUAAGUACAGAUUCGAAACCAAACAGCUGAAUAUGAGUCAAGUGAAGCGGAGCCUGGAUGAGGCCCUGAAAUUGCUUAAACUUAGCGCUAGAAUUUUGUCGUUCGAGCCUCCGGGGUCACCGGAACAUGAAAUGGCCUUAGCCGCAAGUGAUGCAGUUUCGAAAAUGCAGAGUUAAGAUAUUUUGAACAGUUAUAUUUUUGUAUUUUAAGACCUAUUCGACGUACUUGGAAAAUAAAUGUGAUAAACAAUUACAAUUUCGGCGAUCUAA